AGCCAUUUCAUCAACAAGGCCAAACUACUAAAAAUAGAAUUUUAGAUACUUCCGCUCUAUUUUGGGUUCGCGCAUGCGCGAAAAACGAGGGACAAACAUUGCCAUUUUGUCCCUCUUCCGCUUGUUAGAAUCGUAGCGCGGUUUCGGAUAUUUUAACACGAUGCCAGCUAAACACUGUGCGUAUGGGAUCUGCCGAAGUGACAACCGCUAUACGGAUAGGCCUGACAUGGCAGGGAUCCAUUUUAUUUUGUUUCCUAAGUUUCACAAGCAGCCUGAGAAGUGUACAAGGUGGGUUCGCGCCUGUCGUCGAGAGGGCUUUACGACGGACAAGGUCAACAAGUACACCUACAUAUGUUCAAAGCACUUUAUCGGCGGGAAUGGUCCUUCACUUGAACAUCCCGAUCCUAUCCCGGUAACAUAUACAUUUGAUCAGGUGGUGAAAUUUUCUAAGAAAAGAAAGAGCCCUGUGGAGAGAUGUCCCCUUCCAAGUAAGGUAUCCAGGUUGGAGCCCACUUCUACAGCAGGUGAUGGCCUAUCUUUACUUGCAGUGUGUGCAGCUGACGACCCAUACACCUCUAGAAAGCACCUGGAGUGGCAGGAAACAGUCAAUACUGAAUUGGAACAGAAUGUCUGUGCUACUGGUGCUGACAUAGAAGAUGCUACCUUGACUGAGCUCAGGUCCAGUGAUGCUGCCUGCCAACCAAUGCCAACAACGAAGCAUGAGUCCAAUCAGACUGAGUUUGUGUGUUCCAGCAUUCUGGUAUCUAAAAAUUAUGAAAAGAUGACAGCACAAGUCCCUGAUUCAGAUUGUGAAAUAAGCAGGGAUCUUGACAACAAAAGCUGUGAUUUACUAUUUAUUAAUUUGGUAUCUAAUAAGAAGAAAUUCAAGUACUAUACUGGCAUGAAAACUGUUCAUUUUAAUCAUCUUUUUGCUUCCCUUGGUGACAGUGUAAAUGACAUCUGUUACUGGCGUGGAAAUAAGAUAAGUUCCAGUAAACCUGGCAAGUGCCGGGUUUUAUCAAUCAAAGACCAGCUUGUUUUGACACUUGUCAGAUUAAGGAGAAACUUUCCAACAAAAGAUUUAUCCUAUAGAUAUAACAUCAGUGUCGGUUCUGUUUCCUGUAUCAUUACCACUUGGAUUCAGUUUUUGUACAUGAAAUUUAUUACUUUGAAAGAUCACAUCUUUCCUUCUAGACAUCUUAUCAGGAAAACAUUGCCAUCUGUGUUUAAAAGCUUCAAAAACAUCAGAGUUAUUGUUGAUUGUUUCGAAGUGUUUUCUGAGCGACCAAGUGAUUAUGGUGAGCAAGGUAACAUGUACUCUCAGUACAAAACUCACAACACCUUGAAAGUUUUACUUGGUAUUUCUCCAACUGGUGCUGUUACAUUUUUGUCUGAUGCAUAUGAAGGUAGCAUAUCAGACAGAGAUAUUAUCAGGAAAUCAGGCUUUCUGGAAAAAAUUAACCCAGGUGAUUUGAUCUUAGCCGAUAGAGGCUUCAAUAUCAAAGAUCUCCUCAUGAGCCGUAGAGCACACUUGAAUAUUCCUCCAUUUCUAGGCAAAAGGGACAAGCUGACUCCUCAAGAAGAUAUCUUGACUCGAUCUAUUGCUAGAACAAGAAUACAUGUGGAGAGAUCAGUGGGAAGGUUGAGGGAGUAUCGUAUAUUAAACACAGUUAUUCCUCUUUCAAUGAAACACUUAGCGUCCCAGAUAGUUUUUGUUAUAGGAAUGCUUUCCAACUAUCAGCCACCACUUGUUAAAUAGGGCAUUAGCCCAUUACCAUGAUUGAAUUUAUAAUACAUGUGAUAGGAGGUACGAUAAUUCUAGUCAGAGUAGUUGUAGUUAUCGGCCGAUUAUUUUUCAAUAUCUCAUAAAUACUACUUUUUUUUACAAUAAAAAGCGCACUAAAACAUGUACAUCAUGAACCAAGUCAUCACUCAGCAUCUAUCGCCAGGUUCCAUUUGCGAUGCCAUAUAUCGGUGAUCAAUCAUGACUUGUCACUACCUGCAGCAAGAAAUAAUAAAAGAGUAAUAUUGCUCGUCAAAUUUUUAUUGACACCUCAUGUAUAUGUCCACGGCUGGCGCUGGUGAACAAUUUUAGACUCAUGUCUGUUUCAGUUUUCACUGCGUCCUUAUCAAAUAGCUACUAAUUAGUUAAUCAGUUUUAUUUUUGUGAAUGUAGAUGUUUGAAUCAUUCACAAUUGUGAUCUGUUCUGUGUCAUAAUGUUCAUACAUAUUAUCCCAGAAAAUCGUUUUUGGAAUCAUGCUAAACUUUCUUCAAAGACAUGCAGCCAUCAUCAUAUGAGCUUUGAACCACUUUAAUAUUUAACAGCAUUGUUGGCUGUAGUACUUCACCUGUGUUAUUACAUGUCCCUGAAGGUGAGAUGUAUCGUCAUAACUGUUAUUAGAAUACAAGGUAUUACAAUUAUUUCACUGUUUAUCAAGGUAUUUUUCCCAACAACUGCAGCAUGUAUUGGAAUGAUCAUUUGAACAUGGUAUUGUUGUACAAAUUGAUAUGUCUGUCCUGGGAACAGGCCUGAAACAUUGACCCAGUUUCCGUAUAGGAGGUAUGCACACUUUUGUACAGCGUGAAUAAUUGACAUGUCAAGACUACAAGAGUAAACAUUACGGAGGUAUCACUCAGCGAGAAGUAUGAUUCGUUGUGGUUAUAUUAAAAAAACUACACACUCACAACCAUUGUUUCAAUUGUAACAGUAUCUGCAUGUCUCCACUGAUCUAGUUUAUGAUAAAAUAAUAUUCCAACAAUGUAACUAUUACUUUGAAAAUAGUAAUAAUGAAAAAUAUUAAUAACAUUACCGCUGUAGAUAUGCAAAACAUUUUUAUGCCUUUCAGCCCAACCAUUUUGUCACCGCCAUAAUUGUUUGUUAAACUCUAAACAAUG